AUGCGAGAUCUACCCAUAGAACUCAUUAGUGCCAUCGUUCAGGACGUUUCCACGACAGUUGAUCUUCUUCAUUUACGCAGUUUGAACCGCUCAUUUGGAGAGCUGGUCACUCCCCGUGCAUUCAGCAAGCUUCACAUCAAAAAUAGUAUACAGAGUGCCCAGAAUUUCACCCAGAUCAUCGGUGACGCAAGCCUUGCUAUUCAUGUUCGAGAAGUUGUUUACGAUUCUCGUGACAAUGAGCGCUUCCGGCUUCCACCCAACAACGUAGGCAAGGCCGUGCGCACAGAUUCUGCGGAUGCUGUCAGUGAGCUUGAAGAAGUACUGACCAAUGCAUUUUGCGGAAUAACCGCACUUCCGAGGAUUGAAAGCGUCGUGCUCAACUUUUGGCCCUCAUUUCUCUGCCAGGAGUCGGGGAGAGAAGUCUGCGAGAACCCAUUCUGGUUCAUAAAUCGGCAGCUCACCCUCCUUCACGCCAUUCAUCACGGCAUGAAGUCAUCUCGUAUGACCACCUUGUCUCUCAACAACGUCAUUUUGCCUACUACUAGCUACGACUUCGUCUCGUCCCUUACAGACUCGCCCCUGUCGCAUAUUUCUGUGUCUGUUGUAUCCAAUGCUGAAGUCAGUACUUGGUCAGCUUCAAAUAACAUCAACGGUUCACUUGGAGCACUCUUGCCUCCCUCCAAUCCCACUCUGAAAUCAAUCGUGUUACGUAGUCCCCAGGGCGCCUAUCACAGCCUCGCUACUCGGCUUUCUUCAUUCUACUAUCCAUCCCUCGAAUCCCUCGUGCUCGAAAAUAUCAUUUUCGAUCAUGCGCCCUCCUUUGAUGGCGUUGAGGAGUUUGUCCUUCGUCACAAAAAUACCCUGCAGCGACUUGAGCUGCAAUCAUGCGCAUGCUACGUACCGGACUCAGCAAUUGGUGUCAGGCAGUGGUCGACCAUCUGGCAACGAUGGGCUACUGAGCUUACCAGCUUGACAGAGCUCGUCGUUAACAAUGGCGAUUGCAGAUACGUCCUCCUCGACGCUGAUCAGGGUUAUAUUCCUCAUGGAGAGGUUAGCACUUUGGUGUAUGAGGAUGAUUCGUCAAGCUUGCAGGUAUUCAAAGACAGCAUAGCGGCCGGUCAAGUUGCAGUAGUGUAA